UACAAUAUCAUUUAAAAAUAAGAAUACAUUAUUUAAACAAUUUUUGUGUAUUUUAUCAUUUUUUACUUUUUUUCCAAUAAACGUCAAAAAUUUACUUUUAACACUCUAUAUACAACCUAAAAGCAAAAAAAAAUUUAGUGAAUAUCGUCGUGAAUUUUUCAUACUAGAAAGGUAAACAUUGAUUUAACUUGGUGAAGCCGAAGCUAUUAAGUAAUUAAAGAAGUAUUAAUUUUAAUCACAAAACAUUAUGAGAUAUACUACUUCGACCUUAAGUCAUGGGUCGAGAAGUGCAUCACCUCUUCCAGCGCCAGCAAAUUACCAAAGCAAUAAUUGCUUAUCAGCGACAUCGAAAAGUUUAAAAUUUUUAAGAAGAUUAUUUAAAUUUGACCAAAUGGAUUUUGAAUUCGCUUUAUGGCAAAUGAUAUAUUUAUUCAUAUCACCGCAAAAAGUAUACAGAAAUUUCAAUUACAGAAAACAAACAAAAGCCCAAUUUGCAAGAGAUGAUCCUGCUUUCUUAGUUCUUCUUGUGGUUUGUCUUUUCGUAACUUCUCUAGGAUUCGGUUGGGUUUUAGAUCUCACUUUUUGGCAGAGCGUAUCUUUCAUAUUUUACGUUAUAUUCGUCGAUUGCAUUUUCGCUGGUAUUAUUGUAGCCACUUUCUUCUGGAUAGUUACGAACCGAUACUUGCGUGCGAGUCAAAUCGAAGCUGAUAUUGAAUGGGGAUAUGCUUUCGACGUACAUCUUAAUGCUUUCUUUCCGCCUUUGAUGUUAUUACACUUUGUUCAAUUACUUUUUUACAAUUGGGCUAUUAGUCUGGAUUUUUUCAUAUCAAGGCUUUUUGGAAACACUUUUUGGCUGCUGGCCUUAGGAUAUUAUAUUUAUAUAACAUUUUUAGGAUAUAAUUGUAUACCACAUCUUAAAAACACCAGACUUAUACUUAUUCCUCUGCCAAUACUAUUUUUAUUUUAUUUGAUAUCAAUAAUAAUUGGGUGGAAUGUUACUGUUUCUUUUAUAAUGUUUUAUAAGUAUCGUGUGUACUAAAAUAAUUUAUAUGUAAUUUUUUAUGUACAUUAUAUCUAAUAUAUUUAAGGCUUUAUUGAAAUUUUUAUUUUUCUUUAGAAUAUAUAAUUAUCUAACUCAUUUUUCUAUGUAAAUAAAACAUUGCGAAAUGCGACCACGAAA